GAAGCCUGACCCUCCCUUCUGUCAGUCCUGCAGGACAGGAGGCAUGCUUGCAGGCUCCUCCUCACUCCGUGCUCCCCUUCACUCGCGGGCGAAGCCAGUUAUGGCAGGAGCCGCCCGGUGGCAUUCACCAAACAGCCGUGGCACGCCAGGCUCCCCCCCCGCCUGCUCGGGAGACCGACAGAGCUGAAGACAGACUGCAGCAGGCAGGCUGAGGAGCAGGGAGAGGAGGGAGGGAGGUGAGCCUUCAGGAGCAGAACGUGGAGGAAACCAGCUGAACAUGUCACAAGCUGUUGCAGCCAAGGCUUUCACAUGCCAGUUUGGACCAGGAGACCAGAAAGCCCCGCGGCUGAAUGUAAAUAAAUAAAUCAAAACUGAAUAAGUGAGUAACGAUCAAACGAUGAAAAACGGAAAUAUCCCACGGAGUAAAAUGGCAGAGAAUGGAAUUAAAACAAAGCCCUCCUACUCGGUGGAAACCCCCUACGGCUUCCAAAUCGAUCUGGACUUUUUAAAAUACGUGGACGACAUCGAGAAAGGCAACACCAUCAAAAGAGUUCCCAUCCAGCGCCGGAGUAAAGGACCUCGUGCCAGCACUCUGCCCAGGCAGCUCAACCCUUCAGGGGCCGGCUGCCGCCCGAGCCCCUGGGGGUCUAUGGGAGCGCUUGGACCUCGAGCCCAUCAUCAUGGCUACUCCUCUGCAGCUUACAACAGGAGGGCAACCUUGUCCCCCACGGGGUUAAACACUCUGUCUGAAAUGGAGGCCAGAAUCAAAGAGUUCGAUGAGCAGCCUCUCGGAGAACACAUCCGGCCUCAUCUCCUGAGGGCCUCCAGUCUGCCCCUCACAGUCCUACUGAGACAGGAGUCAGAGUCCACAGAGGACCGAAGCAGCCUCCGGAGUUCAAGGGAUCACCUGGGAGGGGUGGACACCUCGUCUGAAGAUGUCUUCCUGUCUGCAGACAGCCCCCGUCCACAGGACUGCUCGGGGCUGCUGAGGCGCCUGACCGAAGCCCUGGAGCGUGUGGGGGAGCUGGAGAUGGAAGUGAGGAUCAUUCCUGAGCUCAGGGCUCAGAUCUGCAUCCUGCAGGAGGAAAGAGAGAGACUCCGUCUGGAUCUGGGUCCACACACCCCUGCCUCAAAGAUGAACGGAACUACGGAGCCGGGACUUUUUCCCAGCUACGGCAAAGUGGAAGUCAAAGGAUGUCGUGACGUCACCCCGGAUGUUUUGAACACCACACGUGAGUGGAAGAGCAGCACAGACCUGGAUGAGCUGCUGACAGUGACGUCCCUGCAGGCCAAGGUGGCCGUGCUGGAGCAGAAGCUCCACGAGACCCAGCUGGACCAUCAGAGGCUGCUGGGGCUGCUGAAGGAGCAGCGGGAGGAGAGCAAGAGGAAGGAUGAGAAGAUGGAGCAUCUCAUCAGGAAUCCUAGCUCGUGGGUGCGUGCAGAGAAGGUGGUGGUCGACCAGGAUGGAGAUGAGACAGUGGUGAGAGCCAGUGAACCGGAUCCGGAUCCUGAGAAAACCUUCUCCUUUAUCUGUACAAAAACUGUCACCCCAGACGUUCAGAAACAUCACGACUCUGUAACGUUUGCCGAAAGUUUGGCUUCAGCCGAGGGAGAACACACAAAGGAGGUCAUUCACAACAUCAGGAGGAUCCAAGGCCUCCUGGAUGAGCAGUGGGGGAGCGUGUGUGGGGGGUCAGGGGGGGACAGGAAAGCUCUACAGCAUCCAGAUCCUAAAGUCACCUCCCUGCAGCACGAGAUGAUGGAACUCACUGACGUCCUUAUGUCCCACCAUAAACACCAGGGAGACACUGACGGUGAAGAGAUUCAAACCUCAGCCUCUAAAUCCAGCCUGAAGACAAAUGGAAGUGUCCAGAGGUUCAGAAGCCUGCAUUCAAACUCUGCUAAUGACGGAUUCAAAAAGACAUCAAGUGGAAAUGUGCUCAGUCAGGACUCCGUGAAGAAAGGCAGUCGAGAUGAUUUCCAGCAAAAAGGAAGCAGCUCUUUCCCUGGGAGGACAGAUGCAGUCCAAGCAGAUGAGAAGAAAGACGGAGAGGCAGAGAGACGUCCAAGCCCUGAGGGACACAUGACAUCAUUGGGGACAGAGUCUGAGUGGACAGACAGAGGUGGAGCCAAACAGAAAACUCCAGGAGAACUGAUGGAGGGUAAAUCAGAAACUAAGGCCAGCACAGUGAGUCCAGACUUCAUGUCUGCUUGUCAUUUUCUCAGAGAUCAUUUAGACAACAUGGACAACCCCAGCAACGACACAAGGAAAGCUCUGGUUACGUUGUUUGAACACUGGUUCCGAGCUGCAGCAGAGGAGUCGUCUGACGCCUGCAGGGUGGCUGCGUACCUGAAAGAAGUAAGAAGACUGGCACCGUCCCUGCUGGCCUUCCUUGUCAACCUGGCAGAUGACAACGGCAACACGGUGCUGCAUUACAGCGUGUCAAACUGUAACUACAGCAUCGUCAGCCUGCUGCUGGACACAGGUGUGACUGACAUGAACGUUCAGAACAACGCCGGCUACACGGCGGUGAUGCUGGCCUCCCUGACUGCUCCUGAUGGUCCUGGUGGGAUGGAGGUGGUCCGAAAGCUAAUGGAGCUGGGAGACGUUAACGUUCGCUCCACUCAGACGGGACAAACAGCUUUACACUUGGCAGUGAGGCACGGUCGGGUUGUUAUGGUCCGUCUGUUGCUGAGCUGUGGAGCAGAUGCUAACAUACAGGACAACCAGGGAACAACGGCCCUCAUGUUCGCCUCUGAGAGAGGCCACACUCACAUCGCAAGACUGCUGCUGGAGAGGAGCCAGUGUGGCCUGCUGCUGUCUGACAAGCGAGGUCGAACUGCCCUCUCGAUCGCCAUGCAGGGUUCCCACACUGACACGGCUGCCCUGCUGCAAGCCCACGCCAAGGCCAGAGCCGUGCAGAGCUGAAGACCUGGGUUGGAUUUAUAAUUCAGUCUCCUCAGACACUCAGAUCCAACAGCUUCAUGGGAACGUUUCAGCUGCAUGGGGUUGGGUUGGACCUCAGUCCAAUAAGAAUGUAAAUAUUCAGACGUUUGGAUGACUGUUGGUUGUUGAUGCACUCUUACCUAAACAUGCUGAUCACUUUUUCUCUUUAAGUUUGAUGGUUGUAGUUAUCUUUGAUCUUUGCACAUCAAUCUGCAAACUAUGCAAUGAAAACUAUAUUUAUUUAGUAAAGUUUGUUCCAUAGUAUCUGUAAUAUGAAUAUAGUAGAUACGAUUUUAAGCAUUUUUAUCAGUUUAAAGGUAAACAAGGGGAUUAUAAUAUUGAAGCAUUUGAGCAUCAAAUUAAACUUCUGGAAAAUGUUUUUCACCCUGCAUGCUGUCCACAUGAACAAGACAAAAGUAAACAACAUACUGAGUUGAUUUACCACCAUUUACUAUGAUAAACUAUGCAUUUUCUGUUUGUCAAUAAAAAGUCAGACAACAAUGAUACAUCUGUUUCGAA